UUCCGUGAGCGUGCGCGGUUGGCCGGCCCGGAGAGGCACGUGAAGGUCGCCUCCCUGCCUGCUUCGGUGCUUCUUCUUUCCUUCGCGCGCGCCUCCGGAGCCGGGCUCGGGAUGGACUCUUCGUCCGCCGCGGGCGAAUUGGGAGCGGCUAUCAAUGACCCGCAGCUGCAGCACUUCAUCGAGGUGGAGACGCAGAAGCAGCGCUUUCAGCAACUGGUGCAUCAGAUGACGGAGCUCUGCUGGGAGAAAUGCAUGGACAAACCUGGGCCCAAGCUGGAUAGCCGAGCAGAGACCUGCUUUGUGAACUGUGUGGAACGCUUCAUAGAUACCAGCCAGUUUAUCCUCAACCGGUUGGAGCAGACGCAGAAAUCUAAGUCGGCCUUCUCGGAGAACCUAUCUGACUGAGCCAAGGGCAUUGGCAUCUCCGAUUCCUUAACUAAAGGAGAACACCCCACCAUGUUGUGAGGAGGAAAGAGAAGGGAGAGCAGAGGAAAAGGAACAGUAGUGAAAAGAGGCUGUGCAGAAGAUUGGCCUUCUCAUUUGUGACAGAUUGCAGGGCUUCCUACCACCAUAACCAGCUCCAGUACCCACCUUGUGAACAAAUACAGUCGGACCAGCAAGGCCAUGCACAUCACACAUUUGCUGCCCAUUGUGGGUUUGUGCUGCCCUGUGUUCUUUUAAUAACAGAAGUGACACACUACAGUUGGGUGGCUCUGACAGUGUUGAUUUCCUCAAAGGUUUGGUCAGGGAUGCACAAUCUGUUUAUACUUGAGAAAAAGUCUUGCCUGAAAAAGGGAAGCUUGGGAGGCUUCAGACACGAAUGUGAAUCUUGGGAAAGGCAGGGGUGGAAAUGUGCCUUUUAUAAACGGUACUGCGCUUUAGCCCUAUUCUUUUUAAGCCAGGUGAGAAGCUCACCUGCAACUCCGUGGACCUUUGUGCAUCACAGCUGGGUGCUGCGGUUAAAGGGAAGGUGGGCUUAGCUUGCUGAAGAACGCCAGUAGAACCCUGUUGUCCUUAAUGAGGUGCUUAUUCUCAUCCUCUCUAGAACGGCUAGGAAUACCUGUCCCCCCCUAAAAAUGGCUGUUGGGGGGGAUUGUCAUUUGUUUGGCCAUGUAAGUGCGUCACUUGACAAACACAAGAGUUACUACUGACUUUUCCCACUUACAGCUUUCUCCUGAUCAGUGGAAUAAACAUCAACUGGAUCCAUUGAAAACUGCCUGCAGAGUUGGUGGCAUUCAUUACUUCAACUAGAUUUGGGGGGAUUCAAAUAAAGGGAGAAAUGCUGGGUAGUAGAUCAUGAUUAACUGAAAUACGGUGCAUCUUGUAUGAAGCUGCUGGCAAGUAGUAUCGGGCCACCCAGCUCUCAGUUUCCCUGAGCAGUGGUCCACAAAUUCGUUCAGCACAUACAGUGUCUACCAGCCUUUGCUCCAUGAAUGUCCUCCAGAGUUAUUUGCCAGACAACCUUUUUGCUAGCUUGCCUGCACACACAUAUGCAUCUUAACCAUUUGUGGCCCCCAAAGACACAGCUUGACAAAGUUUCCUUGCCUGCUCAGCUGGAAGGAGAUCUUCAUUACAAGUGAUCAAGUGGAUUGUUACUUAGAGGCUGGACAGCCUUAAAAUGACCAUUCCUGAGAAAAGGAAUUAGCUGGUUAAUAGGAAUGAGUACUGUCUGUGCCCUGGCCUGGACAGCCCAGGCUAGCCUGAUCUUGUCAGAUCUCAGGAGCUAAGCAGCAUCAGCCCUGGUUAAUACUUGGAUGGGAGACCUCCAAGAAACACUCAGAUUGUGCCAAAGAGGCAAGUGCUGGCAAACCAACUCUGCUUGCUUUGAAAAUCCUACUGGCGUCGCCAUAUUUGAUGGCAAAAAUAAAUUCUUCAGCAAAUAAA